GGUUACAAAAGAUAAGUCAGGUUUUGUUCAACUUGGGCUUUAGAUGGGCCCUAAGUGAGGCCCAUUGUAAAUUGCUAUUGAGCGUCUGUCUCCUGCGCGAUGAUUCUGGAAACCGAUGGAGGGUUUUAACUUGCCUUGGUGCGUGGGGUUUACCUGCGAGCAAAGUGUCUGAAUCUUUAGAUUUGGCGAUGAUGAAUUUGCUGAGAAGUGCGGUCUCAUCUUCUAAGCGAAGCUCGCUUCUUCGCAUAGUCGCUGUUGCUACCGCUACUUCUGGAGUUGUUUAUAGUACUGAUACAGGAACGAGAAUAUCAAUGGCUAUCCCAGAACCUUUUCAGAUCUCACAGAGUUUGAUUAAUCGCACAGAGCAAAGCUUGUUUGGAAAUUUGGCGGCGUUUUCUGCCAGAGUUAGUCCAAAACCAGAAGCAGCUGCAAGUAACGAUGAGAAGAGAGCUCAUGUUGAAGAUUCGGAUAGUGUGAAACCACCGAGUGGUGGGUUCUUGGGGAGGGAUACAAUCGCCAAUGCGGCUGCAAGAAUUGGACCAGCUGUUGUCAAUCUAUCUGUUCCUCAAGGAUUUCAUGGGAUUACUACUGGAAAGAGUAUCGGUUCUGGAACGAUCAUUGACGCUGAUGGCACAAUACUGACUUGUGCUCACGUUGUAGUCGAUUUUCAGAGCAUUCGCCAGUCAUCUAAAGGAAGGGUUGAUGUGACACUGCAAGAUGGUAGGACGUUUGAAGGUGUGGUGCUGAAUGCUGAUUUACAGUCUGACAUUGCAUUAGUGAAGAUAAACUCAAAGACUCCAUUGCCAACUGCUAAACUUGGUUUCUCGAGUAAGCUUCGUCCAGGGGACUGGGUAAUAGCUGUCGGCUGUCCUCUUUCUCUUCAGAAUACAAUAACCGCCGGUAUCGUUAGCUGUGUUGAUCGCAAAAGCAGUGAUUUGGGUUUAAGAGGCACAGGUAGAGAAUACCUCCAAACAGACUGUGCCAUCAAUGCUGGAAACUCAGGCGGGCCUCUUGUGAAUUUGGACGGAGAAGUGAUCGGUGUUAACAUCAUGAAAGUCUUAGCUGCAGAUGGGCUCGGCUUCUCUGUGCCAAUUGAUUCAGUCUCCAAAAUUAUCGAGCAUUUCAAGAAAAGCGGUAGAGUAAUUCGUCCAUGGAUUGGGCUAAAAAUGAUCGAACUCAACAAAAUGAUCAUUGCUCAGCUUAAAGAACGAUACCCGAUGUUUCCUGAUGUGGAAAAAGGCAUUCUUGUCCCUACGGUGAUUCCAGGAUCACCAGCUGAUCGAGCUGGAUUCAAACCAGGUGAUGUUGUUGUGAGAUUUGACGGCAAGCCGGUCGAGACCAUCAAAGAGUUAAUAGAGAUAAUGGACGAUAGAGUUGGGCAGCGGAUCCGAGUAGUAGUGGAAAGAUCAAGUAAAGAAACGGUCACACUAGAAGUCAUUCCUGAGGAGGCUAAUCCAGACAUGUGAGACUUGCUUUUCAAAACUACUUCAGCUGCAGAAUCAAAUAGGUAGUUUUGUAUUUGAAGGUUCCUUGGCAUCUCGGAAUAUAAACAAAACUUAUGACCAAAUACUCUGUUUGUCGGAUAGAACUUUUGUCUCUGUAACACUAAUUUCCAGUUUUAAAAAAUAUUCAAAUUUACUAGUAA